AUGUCGGUGAACGUUGCCAGGCUGCUGAGGUUGACACACGACAAACAGGAAACUUUUCUUAAGAUUUUGAUUCUAGCAUUGGCAGCUGUGGUCGCCUUUUCAAGCCGACUUUUUGCUGUGAUCAGAUUCGAAUCGGUCAUUCAUGAAUUUGACCCUUAUUUCAAUUAUCGAACUACUCGAUAUCUUACUGAUGAAGGAUACUAUAAUUUCCAUAACUGGUUUGACGAUCGAGCAUGGUAUCCGUUGGGGAGGAUCAUUGGUGGUACAAUAUAUCCUGGUUUAAUGUUAACAAGUGCUUUAAUUCAUCGCAUACUUCACUUCGUUCACUUCACAUUACAUGUGCGAGAAAUUUGUGUAUUUCUUGCUCCACUUUUUAGUUCAUUCACAGUUUUAAUAACAUAUGCGUUAACGAAAGAAUUAAAGGAUGACGCGGCUGGACUUGUAGCUGCUUCCAUGAUUGCUAUUGUGCCAGGCUACAUAUCACGUUCUGUUGCUGGUUCAUAUGAUAACGAAGGGAUCGCUAUAUUUUGUAUGUUGUUCACGUAUUACUUGUGGAUCAAGGCAGUAAAAAGUGGUAAUGUGUGUUGGUCAGUUUUAUGUUCACUUGGUUAUUUCUACAUGGUUUCUUCAUGGGGUGGUUACGUGUUCUUGAUCAAUCUCAUUCCAUUGCAUGUUUUGAUACUUAUUUGCACUGGCCGAUUCUCCAACAAAAUAUAUAUCGCAUAUUCGACUUUCUAUGUUAUUGGAACUAUACUUUCAAUGCAAAUUCCCUUUGUCGGAUUUCAACCUGUGCAAACUUCAGAGCAUAUGAUGGCUUUUGGCGUUUUUGGAUUAUGUCAGAUUAUUGCUUUUGCUAACUGGCUGCGGAUACGAAUGUCGGAAGAGAAUUUUCAGUUCCUUUUUCGAUCAACUGUUCUAUUUGCCGCAUGUGCUGUUGCGAUGAGUGUCAUCGUCGCAUCUUAUUUAGGAAAAAUCGCUCCUUGGACUGGGCGAUUUUAUUCAUUAUUGGAUCCAUCAUAUGCUAAAAACAAUAUUCCCAUCAUUGCAUCUGUAUCUGAACAUCAGCCAACGGCAUGGAGCUCCUUCUAUUUUGACUUGCAAAUACUGGUAUUUACUUUUCCAGUUGGAUUGUAUGUCUGCUUCAAAGAGCUCAAUGAUCAUAACAUUUUCAUAAUACUUUAUGCUCUUACAAGCAUUUAUUUCGCGGGUGUCAUGGUUCGUUUGAUGUUAGUAUUGGCGCCAGUAAUGUGCAUAUUAGGUGGUAUUGCACUCUCGUCCAUAUUGAUUACGUUUAUGAAGAAUCUGGAUUCGACAUCUACGCAUGCCAGGCAUGAUAAAAAAGAAAAAGAGAGAAAUUAUCCAUAUAAAAAUGAGGUUGCACAAGCAGUGAUUGCAAUUGUGGCAGUAUUUUUCUUUUCCUAUGUUUAUCACUGCACUUGGGCAACAUCUGAAGCUUAUAGCAGUCCUUCAAUCGUUCUUUCUGCACAUGGUGGUGAUGGAUCAACAAUUAUUUUCGAUGAUUUCAGAGAGGCCUAUUACUGGCUACGCAAGAAUACUCAUACGGAGGCAAAAAUCAUGUCUUGGUGGGAUUAUGGAUAUCAAAUAACAGCAAUGGCAAAUCGAACAGUUAUCGUUGACAACAAUACUUGGAAUAAUACACAUAUAUCACGUGUUGGGCAGGCUAUGUCUUCGAAAGAAGAAGAUGCAUAUGAAAUUAUGCGUGAACUGGACGUUGAUUAUGUUCUGGUCAUUUUUGGUGGAGUAAUCGGAUAUUCUUCUGACGAUAUUAACAAAUUUUUAUGGAUGGUAAGGAUUGGUGGGUCGACACCGGAAGGUACUCACAUCAAGGAGAUGGAUUACUUUUCAAAAUCGGGUGAAUUCCGUGUGGAUCGCGAGGGCUCGCCGACGAUGCUUAAUUGUUUGAUGUAUAAACUGUGCUAUUAUCGGUUUGGUGGACUCUAUACGCAGCAUGGUCAAGUCACCGGUUUUGAUAGGGUAAGACAUGCUGAGAUCGGUAACAAGGAUUUUGAACUUGAUUUCUUGGAAGAAGCUUAUACCACAGAACAUUGGAUCGUAAGGAUUUAUAAAGUGAAACCGUUGGAUAAUCGAGGGCAUAAAUAG